GUGAAAAAUGGGUGAACUAAAACCAUAUUUGGCAAUGUUUGUGGUGCAAUUGAUAUAUUCAGGGCUAACCCUGCUAUCUAAGGCUGUGUUUAACAGGGGAAUGAAUACCUUUGUGUUCAUAUUUUAUAGACAGCUGAUUGGUGCACUUGUUUUGGUUCCUCUGGCCUUCAUACUUGAGAAAAAAACAGUAGUGUCAGUGUCACUUUCCUUUUCAACCUUCUGCAAGAUUUUUGUGUCUUCAUUUUUCGGAGUAACUUUGACUAUAAAUAUGCAAGCUAUUGCCCUUGUUUACACGUCUGCCACUUUGGCUGCUGCAAUUGUCAAUUCUCUCCCCGCAUCUACGUUUUUCUUUGCUGUGCUGCUCAGAAUGGAGAAGGUACAUAUAAGGACAAAAAGUGGAGUUACAAAGAUAGCAAGUGUGUUCAUGUGCCUGGUUGGUGUAGCCACCCUUGCUUUUUACAAGGGACCACAGUUAAGGAUUGCUCAUUACUACAAUGAUAAGAGUCCACAUCAUGAGGAUCAUUUUUCAUCCAGCAAAAGAUGGGUAUUAGGCUCUGUAGUCUUGUUCAUGAGCGUCAUCAUCUGGAGCAUUUGGCUUGUAAUUCAGGCUCAAAUUCUUAAAAGCUACCCUGCAAAGCUGAAGUUCACGAGCCUUCAGUGCCUGUCAAGUUCAAUCCAAUCAUUUUGUAUUGCUAUAGCUUUUGAAAGAGAUAUUGAGCAGUGGAAGUUGGGUUGGGACAUGAAACUGCUUGCAGUUGUUUACUGUGGGACACUAGUGACUGGACUCAUCUACUACUUGCAAGCUUGGGCUAUCCAAAAGAGAGGACCAGUUUUUCCUGCGAUGUGGAACCCGCUAAGUUUUGUCAUUUCUACCACGGGUUCUAUAUUUCUCUUGGGCGAGCCCCUACUUUUGGGAAGCGUUCUGGGAGGCAUUGUGCUUAUUAUAAGCCUCUAUAGUGUUCUGUGGGCAAAAAGCAAAGAAGAAAUGAGUCAUCACCAGAAUUCUUUACCCAUAGAAGAACGUGCAGAGGUGAAAACUGAGGCCAGUAGCGUGGAACAACAGUAACCCUAAUGAUUUUUCCAAAAUUGUUCAUUAGUGGUUUCUGUCUGAAUUUUCUUCUUGGGACCCAACCAUGUCAUUCACAAUAAAGCAUGCUCUUUUUUGUACCAGUUUACACUAUACAAGAAAUUCGAAAGAAUGUCUUUGAUUGCGCAUGAAACUUAUCUUAAUACUAAUUUUAGGAAAAGAUGUUGCUUAAGGAUGUCAAUAGCUUGAUGGUUUUAUCCAAUAAUAGGGAAAAGAAGAUAUCCAAAGA